CACCAUCACAAGAAAGAAGGAAAUGCUGAGUGAGAAUCGAACCCCAAGUGAAAGAUGUUUGCAUCAAGUGGAUGCAAACAUCCAUUCAGAGUGGCAAAGGGUGCGCUUUCCUCUUUUUUGAAUUGGAAAUCAAGUAGGGGAAGCUUGUUAUGGUGGUCUUGUUAGAUUUCUUCCUUUCUUUUUAGUCUUUAAUCCUUCAAUCUCUCCUCUUUUUUCGGACAAAGACAUCAUCACCUCAUGCAAACAAACUACUCCAUUACUCUUGAUUCAAGAAAAGAACAUUUCAGAUUGAAAAUUUUCCAAUGAGAUGGGAGGUCCAUCUAUUCAUUGCUACUUCCUCAGGAGACAGCAUUUUUGAAAUUGGACAAUUCAGAGCAAAUGCAGGGAGCUUGCUUGACAUGAGACAGUAUAUUGAAGGCGGACAUGAUUUGUACAUUAAAAUGGAUGCUUCUGAACUUGGUUCUGAAAUCAAGGCCAGAAGGACAGCAUCAUUAUUGUCUCGUAAAGGAAAAAAUGAUACUGAUCAAGAUCCCCGUCCAAGUAUCAGGGAGGCAAGCAUAAACCUACCUUCAUUUGAUUUGGUUACCAUUGCAACUGCAACUGAUGACUUUGCUCUCAUAAACAAGAUUGGAGAAUGUGGUUUUGGUCAUGUUUACAAGGGGGUGCUCCCAACAGGACGAGAAAUGGCAAUGAAAAGGGUUUCAAAAGAUUCAGGGCAAGGGCUUCUAGAGUUCAAGAAUGAGAAGCGCAUUGACAUCAUAGUAGGGAUUGCCAGAGGACUUCUUUAUGUCCACCGAGACUCAAGGCUGAGAAUCAUUCAUAGGGAUCUUAAAGCCACAAGUACAAAAGGGGUUAUUGGUACCUGUGGUUACAUGCCUCCUGAGUAUACAAUGGACGGACUCUUCCCUGCGAAAUCAGACAUCUUCAGUUUUGGAGUUUUGGUCCUAGAGAUAGUGAGUGGGAAGAGGAACAGAGGAUUUUAUGAUUCCAACCAUGAUCUCAACCUUUUAGGACAUCAUCCUGAAGACAGGCCUUCAAUAUCCUUGGUUCUGUUGAUGCUGGAUGGUGAGCAACUUCCAUUGCCGCAACCUAAACAACCUGGAUUCUACACAAGUACGUUUCUUAACGAAAAUACCUCUUCAUCAAUUGGCGGGAAAAUGCACACAGGAAAUGAACUAACUAUUUCAAUGCUACAGGAUCUGGAGGAUUGCUUACCUGAGAAUGUUAAGACUGAGGGUCCAACAGCAACAGCCCCAGCAGUUGUGAUGUUGGCAGUGGAAGAGGGCGAUGAGGAGGUGGUAACAGUGGUGGCGUUGAAACAUUUUUGGCACAUAUUAUUGGUAGCGAGAUUACCGGUGAGACCACAGUUGUUAAUGCAAAGAGUCAAGGUUUCUGGCACCUUGAACUCGGUCUCUUCUUUCUCGGUUCUCUGAGCCAUGUGUCUCUGAUUCGCGAGUUGCAAAAGAGAGGCGUUGCAAUGGGAUUUUGUUAAUUUAGAAAGAGAGAGAGAGAGAGGGAGGGUAUGGGGUUUUGGUUGGGUUGUUUUUGGCAAUGGCAACAAUGGUGAACAAAAAUGUGGAGAAUAG